UCCCAAGGCUGAAAUCUGUUUCUAGUCCUGAUUGUAGGUUUUUGCACAUUCCUGAACACCUGUAAGGGUGCAUAAUUACACAUGCAAUCCACUGUUUGCGUGAAGCACAGAUGUUUUACGCUCCGACAUUUUUCUCGCAAAUAUAUCUGAACAGACAUCAUAAUCUGUUAUAAUUCAAGUCAGGUAAUUAGAAAAAGACAUAAAUUUAUUUCAAACAGGGUUUUAUUCGUGAACGAUCACUUGUUAUAUAAUUCUGCGCAGUGGGAAUAUGGAUUGUGCUGGUGCUUUGCAGAUGUUCUUAUGACAUACUUCUCCAUAACGGUUUUGCCCUGUUUGCUACAGUUGACGGUUCAGUGCAUUUAGACACAAUACCCACUAGAUUAGUUAAAUCUCUGUUAUUCUGAAGAUAACAGAAUGGCCAUGUACUCAGCAAUGUAAAGACAAGUAUAGUAAAUUCCCAACCCUGAAGUUAUUACAUAAAACCCACUCUCAAGUCUCAGGGCAUCAAAGAUGUAGCUAAGUUUUUGUUUCUUAAUUUUGGAACAGAUUUGGAAAAAUUUAGCAUGACAUCACUUGCUCACCAGUGGAUCCUCUGCAGUGAAUGGGUGCCAUCAGAAUGAGAGUCUAAACAGCUGAUGAAAACAUCUAAAUUGUAUUUAAUUUUCUAAAAAAAAAAAAAUGUCGAAACCUUUUAAACAGUAAACAGUUUAUAGUUGCAACUGAUAGGCUGUCUUGCUGGGCCAGAGAGGCCCAAUCAUAGAGUCGGAAGCAGCAUCUAUUCAGCCCUAUGGGAUGCACCUUUCUUGUUUUUAAUUAUCACGGUUGGGUUUAAAUUGUGGCCAGGUUCUCAACUGUGGCCCAGUUGGUGUACAGGGGUUUGUUGAGACUGUAUUUGCCUACACGAGGGGAUUGGCUCACCUUCCCUUCCAGUCGGUCAGCUGUAGAGCUGAACUUCAACUUCACAUCAUCACAUCCUAACACAGGAAUCAGGAAGAUUAAGAAUGGCUUGUUUAAGAGGAUCUUCUGUCUUCCAUGUGUUGCUAGCAACAUUAUUAUUACCAGAUUUUCUCUUGGCUGGACCUGUAACCCGGCAUUUAAAAGGAGACAAAGGAAGUGAUGAAAGGGCAGGCAUUGAAGCAGGUCCAAAACUAAUCCGCAACAGGAGAAACAUCAGCUGGUACAAGCAGCACUCUGACUUCUGGAGCUGGUACAAAUACUUCACUGACAAUGGGAACCAAGAGGGAGUUGCAGAGCUGGAUCGUGUCUAUCUUGCAUACUUACAGAACAAGAAUCGUGCUGAGGCAGGUCGUUCCUACAAGCUGUACCUGAAGCACCUAAGCGACAUCUACAAAUCUUGUGCCGAGUCUGAUGACCCAAACUGUGUGGCCUCGUACACCAACAGACCCAAACCUAAAGCUGAGGCACCAGUGCCUGCCCCAGUCAAGGCUUGUGACCCUUACAGAGACCCAUAUUGCUUGUACUCGAAGGGAUACUCAUAUUACCCAUACAUGGCUCCGGGCCCAGCUUCUGUCAAAGCACCUGCACCUGCCCCAGUUAAAGCCCCAGCCUACAUCCACACCCCUGUGGCGAAAGAUCCACGUUCUGCUUACUACUACUACUCUCCGUUGGUGCAACCCUUCCUGUCAGCUGAGCAAAGGGCUGAGCUGUUGCGAAUCUGUGACGCUGAGGAUGUCGAGUGUCUUCAGUACCACCUCCGUGCUGCUUACGGAUACAAGCCUGCUGUUGCCUCGGCCCCAUCCUACGCCCAUCUCAGCUGUGACCCUAAGACCGAUCCUCACUGCGUCCCCCAUUUGGUCCAGAAGGCACCAUCUGGUCUGUACCUGCGUUAUCCCCAUUGUGACCCUCGAGUUGACCCAUACUGUGCUUAUGCUGCUGCUCUGGCAUCCUCACAAAAUCUCGAAGCCCCAUCUUCUGGCUUGGAGAGACCCUGCAACCCUCUCUACGAUGAUAACUGCAACCCUCUGACAGCCACAAGGUACGGCAGCUUGGCUCCUGAAGAUCUGAAGGACAAGCACACCUCUGUAGCCAGUGCCAUGAGGGCACCUCCAAGCCCUCGUCAAGACCCUUAUGCCAUGUACCGAGAUGCAUAUGCUGGGGCUGACCUGCGAAGACACAUGCCUACACAAUUCCAGCCUCUAAGGCACCAACUGGAGGAACCUCAACAUCCUUUGGGACCUCCUGGGAAGACCAAAGAGGGAUAUGACUGUUUCAUCGGGUAUGAUGAAGAGUGUUUCCCACUGGGUUCCCAAAACGAGCACCGUCCUGCUGUGCACAGACAGCCGUCCGACUCAACCGAAGCCUACGAGCCCCACCUGAAUGCCGAUGGAUCCAGAAAUGGAGUAAUUGAACCUGAUCCUGACUGCGACCCGGAGUACGACAGAAACUGCCGUUUGCGCCGCUACGAACCUGAAGUGGCUGAAACCGCCAGUCCAUCACCUCAAGAGGAGCCAGCCCAGGAGGAAUCCCACCGUGAGGAGGACCCUCAGUAUAGAGAAGACUCCUACCCUGCGGCCCCAGGCUACAACCAGCAGCAAUACGAGCAAUACAUGAGUGGACAAGAGGAUCCAUAUGCCGGAUUUGGCCCCCAGGAACCAGGAGCGACUAGUUUUCAGGAUGUCCUAAGAGGAUACGGUGGUCGGUAUCCUGGCUAGGAUGACCACCGUGCCUACAAUGGAGACUACAGAAAGAAAUAAAUACCUGUGACAAUGUAUGCCAAGAAUAGUAGGUCAGGACUGAAGGGUUUUAUUUGUAGAUGAAUAUUAGAGGCACACUUGAAGAAAAGGUGCACACAUCAGUUUCACAGGAUUUCACUUGGUUCGCUCAAAAUAUAUUUCGAGAGCUGCUGAAAAUGUCCUAGCUCUGGAGUUUGACAGCACUUGUAUAGGAAUAAAAUAUUUGAUUCUUAUCAUUUCUUUCUGAUUCUUUUAACCAAUGUGACCUGAUUGUGUUUUGCAGCAUCUCUAGGAGGGAUAGUCUACUAGAGGAGCACUUGAAAUAGCUCUUUGUAUUAUUUUAGAGGGAAAAUUACACAAAACAAAGUAUGUAAAAGGUGAAAAGUGUACUUAAAUAUACUGUAAAUUCUCCCAUUUGGCUUUUUCUUUGUAAAUUCACCAAAAAGUUUCCCUUCAAAUGGAUAUUUAAUGAUCUUCUGGGACACUUGCUUAUUUGUAUUCUUUUGUUAAAUCGCCAAAUUGAUGCUUUGCGAUUUGUUUGCAUAUUUGUAAGAUGUUUUUCUUUGGGAAUGUUCUAAAUAAAAGCUUUAAA